AUGGAGGCGCUGCGGGCGCUCACGGGCUGCCUGCUGGGCGCCCUGGUGCUCGGCACGGUGCUGGGCAACGCGCUCGUGUGCGCCGCCGUGCUGCGCUUCCGCCACCUGCGCAACAAGGUCACCAACUGGUUCGUGCUCUCGCUGGCCGUCUCCGACCUGUGCGUGGCCCUGCUGGUGAUGCCCUGGAGGGCCGUCACCGAGGUGGCCGGGGGCUUGUGGCUUUUCGGCAGCCGCUUCUGUGAUACCUGGGUGGCCUUCGACAUCAUGUGCUCCACCGCCUCCAUCCUCCACCUCUGCAUCAUCAGCCUGGACCGGUACUGGGCCAUUGCCAGCCCCUUCCGCUACGAGCGCCGGAUGACGCAGCGCCUGGCCUGCGCCAUGAUAGCCAUGGCUUGGGCCCUCUCCAUCCUCAUCUCCUUCAUUCCUGUGCAGCUACACUGGCAUAAAACCCCGGACAGGAGGCCUCUGGGGUCCCAGUUGCCUGGGAUGCCCCGCUGUGACGUCCGCUUGAACCGUGCUUACGCCAUCACCUCCUCCCUCAUCAGCUUCUACAUCCCGGUGGCCAUCAUGAUCAUCACCUACAGCCGCAUCUACCGUAUCGCCCAGGCCCAGAUCCGCCGCAUCUCCAGCCUCGAGCGCGCGGUGGGGCAGUGCCCAGCUCUUGGCAAGGAGCCUGCGUCCUCCUUGCGGAGCUGCCUGCGCAAGGAGACCAAGGUGCUGCAGACCCUGUCCAUCAUCAUGGGCGUCUUCGUUUGCUGCUGGCUGCCCUUCUUCCUGCUCAACUGCCUGCUGCCUUUCUGCCAGCCUGUGCCGGAGAGCAGCCGUGAGGAGCCCUCUCCCUGCAUCAGCCAGACCGUCUUCAACAUCUUCACAUGGUUUGGCUGGGCCAACUCCUCCGUGAACCCCGUGAUCUACGCCUUCAACGCGGACUUCAGGCGGGCGUUCAGCAGCCUCCUGGGCUGCCGGUGCUUCUGCUGUGGCACUGCCAGGUCCACCGUGGAGAGGGUCAACUUCAGCAACGAGCUGGGGUCCUACCACCACGACACCACGUGCCAGAAGGAGGCAGCUGCCUCAUCCCCGGUGCCGCCUGCUGCCCUGGCCGCCUGGGUGCAGCCCACGCCCCUCGCCAUGCGCCUCCAGCGAGAACGGAGCAGUGAGGAGCCACCGGCGGAGAAAAGGCCUGCGAUUCCUCCUACAGAGGCUGCUCCCAAGUGCCCUCCCAUGCCUGCCACUUUGCCAUUUGAUUGUGAGGGACAGAUAUCCCUGGACACAAUUACCCCCUUGACAGGGCUCGGUGGGGGUGAGCGACCCUGUCACCCCGCUGCAGAGGCAUAA